AUGUCCUCCCCUCUCCCAAUCGGCAUCUGUGCCCUAGACUCCGGGAUCGGCAAGCCGGUGUCCAAGCUCCUCCUCCCCGAAUAUGAAGUAACCCAUUUCAUCCAAAGCCUCUCAGCAGCACAAUCCGAAAUUCCCCAUCUUCUCGCAGGCCGGGAUCCCCAAUCCCCCCACGUCAACGACGUCGGCACAAAAGACUACAGUCGGCCUGUGCGUGCCAUAAUCUUCGGUCGUGGAUUUGAAUUGGAGGACAUUGAGGCAUUGCGUGAUACUGUCGCUGGUAUUUCGCAAUAUCCAGUUUUGUGGAUCGCUGGUGAUCCAAGUCGCAAGCCUCCUCCUGGUGCUGUUCUCCCGCCUAACUACCACCAACUUGUUGCGGGAGUCGCAAGAAAAUUGCUUGGUGGGUGGGUUGAGGCUGGAGCUACUAGUAACAAGAUUGUUUUGUACUAG